AUGGACAAGUUCCGGAUGGUCUUCCAGUUCCUGCAGUCCAACCAGGAGUCCUUCAUGAAUGGCAUUUGCGGCAUCAUGGCCUUGGCCAGCGCCCAGAUAUACUCAGCCUUCGAUUUCAACUGCCCCUGCCUGCCUGGCUACAACGCUGCCUAUAGCGCCGGCAUCCUGCUCGUGCCGCCCCUGGUGCUCUUUCUGCUCGGCCUGGUCCUGAACAACAACGUGUCCAUGCUGGCGGAGGAGUGGAAGCGACCGCCGGGCCGCCGGGCCAAGGACCCCGCCGUGCUUCGCUACAUGUUCUGCUCCAUGGCGCAGCGCGCCCUCAUUGCACCUGUUGUCUGGGUGGCCGUCACGCUGCUCGAUGGCAAGUGCUUCCUCUGUGCCUUCUGCACGGCUGUGCCCGUGACUGUGCUGGGCAACGGCAGCCUGGUGCCUGGCCUGCCUCCGCCUGAGCUCGCCCGCCUGCUGGCCCGGGUGCCCUGCCCAGAGAUCUAUGAUGGUGACUGGCUGCUGGCCCGUGAGGUGGCCGUUCGCUACCUGCGCUGCAUCUCCCAGGCACUAGGCUGGUCCUUUGUGCUGCUGACCACACUGCUGGCAUUUGUCGUGCGCUCUGUGAGGCCCUGUUUUACGCAGGCCGCCUUCCUCAAAAGCAAGUACUGGUCCCACUAUAUCGACAUUGAACGCAAGCUCUUCGACGAGACAUGCACAGAGCACGCCAAGGCCUUUGCCAAGGUCUGUAUCCAGCAGUUUUUCGAAGCUAUGAACCAUGACCUGGAACUGGGUCACACCCAUGGGGUGCUGGCCACAGCCCCAGCUGACCCAACUGCCGCAGCUACCACCGAUGGGGCCAAGGAGGAGAGGGAGAAGCUUCGAGGCAUCACCGAUCAAGGCACCAUGAACAGGCUGCUCACGAGCUGGCACAAAUGCAAGCCGCCUCUGCGGCUGGGCCAAGAGGAGCCACUGAUGGGCAAUGGCUGGGCUGGAGGUGAACCCCGGCCUCCACGCAAGGAGGUGGCCACCUACUUCAGCAAAGUGUGA